CCCAGAAGAGCCAACGGCUGUGGUGGCAGCGACGGCGGCCGCCGCCAUGGCCCAGCAGGGGCCUACAUGGGGGGCGAGAUAGGGGGCGACGGCGGCGGCGCCUCUGGGCCUGGGGAAGUGGGUCAGGAAACGAAAAACCCACCCCCUCUCGCCCCCCCCCUUCCUCUCUCUCUCUCACACACACAUAAAUACACACAUACACGCCUACCGGGCCCGGAGAAGGAGAGGGCCUCGCCAGUAACAGGUUGAUUUUGAUCCUCUUGUAUUGUGGAUAUUAGCAAAAAGCAGAAAAAUGGGUGUCAAAACAUUUACCCACAAUUCCCCUGCUCACAGCCAGGAGAUGCUUGGAAAGCUUAACAUGCUUCGUAAUGACGGACAUUUCUGCGACAUCACCAUCCGUGUCCAAGACAAAAUUUUCAGAGCACACAAGGUAGUACUGGCAGCCUGUAGUGACUUCUUUCGUUCCAAGUUGGUUGGCCAAGCAGAAGACGACAGCAAAAGUGUACUUGACCUACAUCAUGUGACAGUGACCGGGUUUAUGCCCCUUCUGGAAUAUGCAUACACAGCAACAUUGUCUAUUAACACAGAAAAUAUUAUUGAUGUCUUGGCUGCAGCUAGCUAUAUGCAAAUGUUCAGUGUUGCUAGCACCUGUUCAGAGUUCAUGAAGUCAAGCAUUUUAUGGAAUACUCCCAGUAGCCAACAAGAAAAGGUGCUAGAUACUGGACAAGAAAACAGUGCAAAUUGCAACUUUACCUCUCGAGAUGGCAGCCUUUCUCCUGUUUCCUCAGAAUGCAGUGUGGUGGAGAGAACCAUUCCUGUUUGCAGAGAAUCCCGGCGGAAGCGCAAAAGCUACAUCGUAAUGUCUCCAGAAAGUCCACUUAAAUGUAGCACCCAGACAAACUCCCCACAGGUUCUGAAUCCUUCAGCUUCCUAUGCAGAGUCUAGAAGUCACCCUGUAGACUCUUCCUUAGCUUUUCCUUGGACUUUCCCUUUUGGAAUUGACCGAAGACUUCAGUCAGAGAAGGUGAAGCAAGUAGAAAAUUCUCGGACUUUAGAAGUGCCUGGUCCAUCUGAAGCGUCUAGAAGAAUUGCUGAUUAUGUGACUUGUGAGAGCACGAAGGCCAGCUCGCCUCUGGUGAUUGAAGAAGAUGUACGUGUAAAAGUAGAAAGGUUAAGUGACGAAGAAGUCCACGAGGAAGUGUCACAGCCUGUCAGCGCAUCCCAAAGUUCACUGAGUGAUCAGCAGACGGUUCCAGGAAGCGAGCAAGUUCAGGAGGACCUCUUGAUCAGCCCCCAGUCAUCUUCUAUAGGUUCAAUAGAUGAAGGGGUCACUGAAGGUUUGCCAACACUCCAGAGUACCUCUGGUGGUAACGUUCAUGCAGAUGAUGAUGAUCGAUUGGAGAAUGUCCAGUAUCCUUACCAGCUCUAUAUUGCUCCUUCAACUAGUAGCACAGAGAGACCCAGCCCAAAUGGCCCUGAUAGACCUUUUCAGUGUCCAACUUGUGGUGUUCGAUUCACCCGUAUUCAGAACUUAAAACAGCACAUGCUCAUCCACUCAGGCAUUAAACCAUUUCAGUGUGACCGUUGUGGGAAAAAGUUCACCCGGGCUUAUUCGCUAAAGAUGCAUCGCCUGAAGCACGAAGGUAAACGCUGUUUCCGGUGCCAGAUAUGUAGUGCCACUUUCACUUCCUUCGGGGAAUAUAAACACCAUAUGCGGGUUUCCCGGCACAUUAUCCGCAAGCCUCGGAUUUACGAGUGCAAAACAUGUGGCGCCAUGUUCACCAACUCUGGAAAUUUAAUCGUUCAUCUGAGGAGUCUGAACCAUGAAGCGUCAGAGCUAGCAAACUACUUCCAGAGCAGUGAUUUCCUAGUACCGGACUACUUAAACCAGGAACAAGAAGAGACCCUCGGCCAGUAUGAGCUAGGAGAGCAUGGAUUUGAAAGCAGCUCCUCUGUCCAAAUGCCUGUUAUUUCACAGGUCUCAUCAACUCAGAAUUGUGAAAGCACUUUCUCCUUGGGGCCUCUGGGUGGGUUGGCAGAAAAAGAAGAAGACAUGCCAGAGCAGCCAAAGACUAUUACAAGUGCCGAGGCAAGUCGAGAUGACCCCCCAAAACCUGGGCUCUCGUCUAUUACUAUUGAAUAAGUCAAAAGUUUGGUUUCAUUUUUGUCUUUUUGGAAAGUGCCUGUGUUUGGUCUUGUACAUUUUAAUUUAAUUUUCAGAAGAGGGGGGAGAAUGUACCCCUUUUUAUUUUGUAAGCUAUGCUGUUAAAACUAUAAACUGCAACAGAUUGUUACACUAUUCUUCAUAACCAAAUGGUCACGUCUGUGGAAACAUUUUAAGGCUGAAAUGCACAGUAAAGGUUCUGUCAGAACAUCACAUGCACUUCUAAAGAAAAGCCAAGCGCACGCAAGCUACUUUUGUAGUUCCUUAUUUUAAAAUUUAGACCUAAUCAUUAGGGAUUGUUGUGCCACCCUGUUUUCACAGAACGUCUGGUAAAGGAAGAAGAAUUGAUGGUACUUAAAAUCCAUUUUGAGUACGCUGUCAAGGACCGAGCAGUAAAAUUAUUAGUGUUGGUAGACGUGAGUAUUUUUGCCAAGAAGGAAUCACUUCGGUCUCAUACUUUCUUUAGGCGUGCUUACUGUAACCAUUUCUAAAACUUACUGGACCUCUGUUUUUAAUAGUGGAUGAUUGAUUGACUUUGGCAGAGCAAGAGGGAACAUGCCCAGGUAUGCUCACCUCUGGUAUGCCACUCCUAUUUAGAAACUGCUCAUGCAAAAGGCCUUAUACGGAUUUCAUUCUCUGAAGUGGUACAUGAAAAACUCUCUAGUCAAGAAAUCCCAGUUCUAUUUAACAACUUGGAAUAGUAGAAAAUAUGGUGAAGAGGGAGUUUACAAAAGUCAAAAGAGCUUAGUACACUAAUGUAGUUUUUAAUGGUUAUACAUCUGUGUGUGUACUUGGUGCGGUUUUAUUAGCCUGUUUUUAGAUAAAACAAGCAAUUUAUUCUCCUUUAGAGGCCAAGUUUCUAACCCAACAGGGGUUGUUUACAAAAGGUCUGUUAGCAAUGAUAAAAUGUUCAUAUUCUAAAACAUUUUUAUACCCUUGCCAAGCUGGUUUCAUAAAAGCUAUUACUCCAGCUACAAACACAGCUGCAGAAAGCAAUAAUCUGAAAGACUUGCCAUUUCUUUUUCCCCUCUAUGUUUAUAAAAGGUUGUAAACACACGAUAGGGCAUAUUCAGGCCAGCAGUUUCCAUUUUGUUGCCAACAUCUUCUGUUGUUGGUAAAGCUUAGAAAUUUAAAUUGGAAAUUUAAAUUGGACUAUAUUCUUUUUUGUUCAUUUGGAUUUGAGCGUCCUGACCAUCUCAUAAUUCAUAUUGCUUAAAAAAAGUGUGAUUCAUUUGAAGUGAUACCAGUGACUUGAAUUUCACAUGAUCAUCAAACUGAGAAUAGAAAAGAAAAGGGCUUAUAGGGGAAAAUAUGGUUGAGUAACUGUAUAGGUCAAAUAACAGGGCUGUUAUUUUAUGCAGCAAUGGUUGAAGUUUGAGAAAAACUUUGUUAGACAUAGUUUCAAAGAAAUGUGAUGUUUCUGCUAAUAGCAAAUCCAUCAAAUCUAAGGAAACUGCUUCUUGCACUUUUCUGCAACUCUUAUAAAGGGCUUCAUGGGGAAAUACUAACAAAGUUUAAAUUUUAAGUGUUAUGUUAAAAAAGUUAGGUUUUUCUUUACAUGAAUUUUAAGUAAAAGAAACCAACAAAUUAAAUCACUACUCCAGAUUUAUAAAGUUAAUAUAUUCAGCAAAGUAUGUUGCUGCUGAAGCUUUGUCCCUGUUUUCAGGUUGGAUCAGUAUAAAUUUUUUAGGGGCUAUCCAUUCAUUUCUCCCCAUAAAUGUAGGGUGAAAUUAACACAUUUUAAUAUAUGAGUGUUUUGUCUUGUAAUCAAAUCACAUUGAAACCAUGAAUCUAAAUGGUUUAGAAGCACACCACUUAUAUACAAAUUCAUACAUGCCAGAUAAUCUGACAAGUGUUGUGCAUUUGUUUAACCUCUUACCCACAGAGGUAUUUGUUCUGCCUGCAGAGUGUAUUUUACCUAUUGUAAGGUCCAUUAUGAGGCAUAAUUUGCUAGUGCAGAUUGUACAUUUGAUAUGUGCAAAUGUAGAGCAGGUAAUCUACAUUAAAAGAUUUUAAAGAGAUUUAAAUCUUGAUAUCAGAGAGUAAAUGUCUUUCUGAAAACAUAAUAUUAAAGAAAACACUAAGGAAGAGAUAAAUAAUAAUUGUGUUUAAGCUCAAGUUUAUUUUUAUUCUUCAUACAAAAGGUAAAAAUGAACAUAGUUGAUGUUUGUGUGAACCGUGGGCUACUGUUUUGUGUCACAGUAUAAAAGUCCAUAUCAUGUCAUAUUUAUUUUAAAAUCUCAGCCCAGCAAAAAUCAAGUCACAAUUCUCUCUUCCUCAGAGAGAGGCUUUUUUUAUAUUCUCAUAAAAGUCCCCUGUUGAAAGAACAUCCCCUCCCCAUCAAGCUACCUACCAAUGAAAAGGUCUCUUUUUCCCCCUGAUUCUUAUGCUUUAACAUUGUGGAAGCAGGCAGAUCUUGAACACCUUGAAUAAUGCACAUGUUUAACUUGAAAAUGUAAGCCCACCUAUUUUAAACAGCAUACAUAUAUACAGCAUGUUUUAAGUCAGGGAUAGCAAACUGUCAGCCUCAUGGGGUACAUCUGGCCUCCAAGAUAAUUUUGUCAGGCUUCUGAAAGUCUGAGUUCUAGCCAGCACUGUGGGGAAAUCAUUUUCUUCUCCCGCCAUGCAGCAACACAUUCUUGUCUAUGUCUGAUCAGCUGGCCUUCACCCACCCAUCCCAGCUUGGGCUCUUAAAAGAGAAUGACCAUGGUCUUGCUGGGUUGCUGCCACAGUCAUUGUUUGAAGUAAACAUGAAUGAAUGAACCAGCCCCCAACCAGCUAAAUGGAUGAUCAAAGUUUCCAGCCCCUUCAGGUUUUAAAAGGUUGCCUACCCCUGUGUUAAAUUCACUAAAACAUUCAUUCUGCUCCAUCUUUUUCAAGGUAUCAGCACACAAAUUUCAUAGUAAAAUUGACUUUACUUUGGUGAGACAGAAUCCUCUGAAAUUGUUGGGUUUUAUGGUUAGUAUCCAAGUUAUUCAUGUGGUGGCUUGAUGAGAGCUACACAUGUGAUACAGUCUUUCCAUGAUUUGUGAGAAAGAGAGGUUGAUAUUAAGAUGGAAAGCAUCUGUUCCCACACAGAAUUCGGAAAGAGGGGCAUAAACGGGAGUUAAUAUCUACACCUGUUAUUUCUUCAUUUCUCCUACAAAAGGAGCAGAUGUUACACUCUGCAAUGGGAUUUAAAAGAUGGGUUGUUUCAAUGUAUUGACACAUGAUGCACCCUAAUGCUUCUGGAGAGUGUGUGUACAUGGGAGAAUGAGAUCAUGUUCCCCCCCCCAUCACAACGUGAGAUGUCCGUUUCAUGUCACAGCUGUACUUCUAUCACCAGCUUCUAGCUCAUUUCCCCUUUUAGAAAUAGUUUGACCUCUUUUCUCAGACUGACCAGUUUUAUGCUCCCAGUUCUAAUAACGAACACAAAAGUCAGCAAUGUCUUUGAAAAUAGUUCUAGUUUUGGCACUUAUCCUUAGUCUGAAAAGUGUAAAUGUGAAUCUUUUUUUAAGUAACCAGUGCCACUGUAGCAAAAUAUAUAUAUAUUAUAUAUAUAUAUUAUAUUUUAUAAAACUAUAGUCCCUAGGCCCCAGAUCCCAAAAGAGAUUAAAACUGUAUUUUUUUAACAAUGCAUUUGCAAAUUUUUAAAUAGUGGUUUUGGCCAGGAUUUGGGGAGGGGGUUGUUACUAAUUUUUCUUCACCAGCCUCAUGAUAGAGCAUUAAGAUGCGAAUCCCUGCCUCUUUCUGAAAAGUUUGCAGAACUUGGAGUACCAGGAAUGGUUUGGAUGGUGUUUGACAUAAAGAAGAGGCAAAUUUUGUUCCUUUUCUGCCUCGAUGCAAAAGGACAAGGCUUGCUUUUCUUAUCCCAAUAAAGAACAGACGGAACGAAAUGUUACAGUCAUUGACCCUAAGACUCUGUAGGAACAAGUGGUUCUUAUCUGGAUCCAGACUUCUAUUCUGCUAUACCACAAGGCUUUUGGGCUCAUAUUUGGCCGGGAAUUGGGGUAAUAUAAAAAAAAUCAAUAAAUGCUACAACUUCCAUCGGUAGAAUAAACUGGUAUUUUAAAACAAAUCGAUGCAAAUAUUUUUAAAUGCAAAAAUCAGUGGUUUCAAAGCUCUCUGGUUGGUUUGUUUUUAUUAUUUUAAGUUCUCUGUAUGAUAACAGAGUACUUCAGCUGCUUUCUGGAGAGUUUAGAGAUACAUAAAAAGGGUUGUGCGUGUUUGUUUGAUUUAGGCUGCCGAUUUAUUCUGACUACAUAGCCCCAGCCAGUGGAAGCUUGAGUGUGCUUCCUGGACCCACUUUUGCAGUGCAGUCUGUCUUUGGGCCUUUGUAGAAUCCUGAAAGGGGGCGAGAGGAAUGCUGGAGUCAGAAGUGUGGACCUUAAUUCCCACGGGGCAUUCCAGCAACUGUGUGAGUCUCCCUCUCCCUUUUAACUGUGCCAGUCUUCAGUCACCAGCCGCCAUCUCAUAGAGCUUUUCUUGUCCGUGCUGACCACAGCUAGGCUACUUGGCAUGUUUAUUGACUUAAUGGGAAAAAAAAUGUUUUUUGAGUUUGGUUUUUUUUUUUUUUUUUAAUGUUGAAAUACACUUUGCAUUUUAUAUACUAUAUCUGGCUAUUAGUAUUUUUCAGGAACCCAUAGUUCUUGGUGGCUAUAUAUAUAUUUUUGUGACUUUUUGUAAACUAAAGUGCCGUUUCACUGUUACAAUCAUUUCUAGAGUUCUUGUAAUCAAUGUGAAUAUCAUGGUUUUUUCAAAAUCUGUUCUGAGCCUGUAGUGUUCGCUUUUGUGAUUCUCUGUGUAAUGUAUAUAUUCUGUAUAGUUACCUUGUACUGAACUAUUAGCUUGUUUGAUAUAAGAAGAAUAUGUAUUGGGUACCUUUUUUGCUAGCCUGGUUGUUUAAUCUUUAAAAAAAAUCUUGAAAAACAAACAAAAAAAAUUAUCCAGACUGGUCCCAUUAUAAGUCAAAAAUGAGAGGGAAGAAAAACUAGUUUUGAGUGUAUUUGGAUAGAAACAUGAUGCUAAGAUUUUUCAUUAAAAUAUUAAUGUUUUAUGGAGUAA